AGUGAUGAAGACUCUCUUCCUGUCACUGCCACCCUCCACCCAUAGCGCCAGUGGGGGCCUCUGUGGGGUCACCGAGUGCUUGUGUGUUUGGAUGUGUGUUUGUGAGGAAGCUGGGAAGAUGUUGAGGUGCUGCAACCAAAGUUUGAGGGCGUUUGACACGUCGCCUCUACCUGUGGGAAGGAAUUCAAGAAUGUGGACGGGGAGGAGUACCACGCAGACAUGUCCACCUUGGCCUCGCCGGCCUCCCAGGGCAGCCCGGACAUCUACAUCCUGCCGCUCACCGAGGUGUCGCUGCCGGUCGCCAAGCAACCUGCUCGAUCAGUCCAGCUCCUGAAAUCCACAGAUCUCGGCCGCCACAGUCUCCUGUACCUGAAAGAGAUCGGCAAUGGCUGGUUCGGGAAGGUUCUGCUCGGGGAGGUGAACGCAGGCCUGAACACCACCCAGGUGGUGGUGAAGGAGCUCAAGGCCAGCGCCAGCGUGCAGGACCAGAUGCACUUCCUGGAAGAAGCCCAACCGUACCGCGCCCUCCAGCAUCCUGCGCUGCUGCACUGUCUGGCCCAGUGCACCGAAGUCACUCCCUACCUGCUGGUGAUGGAGUUUUGUCCACUGGGCGAUGUGAAGGGUUACCUCCGAAGCUGCAGGACUGCCGAAACCAUGACCCCCGAGCCCCUGAUUCUCCAGCGGAUGGCCUGCGACAUCGCCUCAGGACUCCUGCACCUGCACAAACACAACUUCACGCACAGUGACCUGGCUCUGAGGAACUGCUUGUUGACUGCGGAUGUCUCAGUGAAGAUCGGAGAUUAUGGACUGUCCCACACCAAGUACAAGGACGAUUACUACGUGACAUCGGACCAGAUGUACGUGCCGCUGCGCUGGAUCGCUCCGGAGCUGGUGGAUGAGGUGCACGGAAACCUGCUGGUGGCUGAUCAGACCCAACCGAGCAACAUCUGGUCUCUGGGAGUCACUAUCUGGGAGCUGUUUGAGUUGGGAAACCAGCCGUACAGGCACUAUUCUGACAGACAAGUGCUGACCUACGCUGUGAGGGAGCAGCAGCUGCGACUGCCCAAACCGCUGCUCAAAGUGCCGCUGGCUGAGCGCUGGUACGAGGUGAUGCAGUUCUGCUGGCUCCAACCCGAUCAGAGACCCAAUGCAGAGGAAGUCCACUUGCUGCUCAGCUACCUGUGUGCAAAGGGGGCCAGCGAGGCCGAGGAGGACUUCGAGAGGCGCUGGAACUCCAUGCGUCCCAACACCGGAUUCAACAGCCACCGUGGUCCCUCGGCGAUGUCACGAGACCACCCCUCGUCCUCCUCUUCCUCUUUCCCUCUCCUCGAGCAGUUUUCGGCUGGUGACGGCUACCACUCAGAGUCCGGAGACGACAUACUAACAGUCACUGAGACCAGCCAUGGCCUGAACUUUGAGUACAAGUGGGAGCAAGCCAGGGCAGACCAGUCAUACAGAGCCCCGGACAACUCCAGUACCUUGGGUCAAGUCAGCCAUCAUUGUCAGGAAGCAUUUUACCCACCUGGGGGCAUUGUGGGAGGUUGCCCCAUGGAAAGUCUCAGUCAUGGAGUUUCUCCUUCUUACUAUCAACCAAAACAUCUUCAUGCUCCAGGCGUACUGCCUGUCCUCAGUGCACAUAGUCCCUCAGUAAGCAGUGAAUAUUUCAUCCGCAUUGAGGAGCCUGUAGAUUGUAACAUUGAUCCAGACUACACCAUGUGCUCCUACAGCCCAGACUACCAGGGCAGCAGUGGCAGCUUCCUGACUGGAAGCGCAGACUCGGGUGAGUGCAUGGCCUGCCCAUCACAGGCUAAAACCAUGGCUCCCUAUUGGUCAGCAGACAUCCAUAAAACCGACGUGUAUGACUCCAAUGACUCAAGUCCUGCCAUCUCCCUGACAAUGGAGCCCCUUCUGGGCCAAGUGUCGGACAACAGCCCCCUGCGGCCCUGGGAGUCGAGUCACUAUGUAUCCUAUAAAGACAGAGAUGGGGGUUACUACUAUGAGCACUCACCUCCUUUUGGAUUAGACCACUAUCUGAUUGGAAGUGAGCCCUCCGGCAUGCACCAUCAGGAAAGCUGGGGGUCAAGAAACCUGCGUCAGGCCUUGGGUGAGUUGGAGAACCCACUGGGUAUAUCCCCCUCUGUGAACAGUCCGCCUCAACAGGCCUACCGGGACACAUACCUGGAUACAAGCCAGACCUCCAUCAUAGGAAAGAACGUGACUGGGGGCUACUAUGACAUGAUGGGCUCCUUGAGGAAGACGAUGCCCAGCCACACGAGGCACAACAGCCACUCUGUCAGCAUCAACAUGGAGACAGAGGGGGCUCUCUUCAUCGGACACAGAGACAGCGAUACAGAAGAAGAGGAGGAGGACAUAUUUGUAGAGAGACACACCUGCAACACCUGGCCUUCGAAGCACCGCCACAGCAGCGGUGGUCACCACAGACGGGCGAGCCACAGCUGCAGACAGGACACAUACGCUGAUUUCCACUAUACAAUGCCAAGUACGGACAUUGAAGACUCCUGGCCAGAGGAGCACAGCCUGGCCUACCACUCUCUGCCCAAACCCAUCGACUACCUUGAGCCACAUCAGGCCAAAGAUAACAGUGCCUGCCUCAGUCUGGGCAAACAUCAUGCAAUGGUGCCCUCAGACAACUGCAAUGCCUACAUCUACCUGUGCCAUGAAGGUGAGACUCAGGUGCCAGCAUCCGGAGAGUGCUGCCACUCACACUUUGUUGAUCCGCUCACUGGCUUGCUGGUCAGAAACAACAGCUAUUGUCACAGCUACAGUCACAGCAACUACAUCAGAGAUAAAGUCAUCGACAUCCCAAGCAAUGAAGAGAUGAUUAAUCUGUCACCGGCGCCGGGGGGUCCUAUCAUUGCCAAGCCUCCUUUGAUGAAAUCUGAGGACUGUGGAGAGCAGUAUGUUGACCUUUCAACUGAUGAUACACCCCUUAAAGAGAAAAGGGACGAUAUAAUCAAGGAAAAUCCAAUCAUGCAAAAACCGCCAGAGCCUAGAAAGGAAGAGGUGACCCUGACAAUGACUAAAGCCACCCCACCUCCUUCUGACAACAUGCAUGUCAUGGUGUCCAUCACAGAUCCACAGUCGGAGCUGAGUCAAACCGCCGAUAGCGGCGUUGACCGUGGCGGCUCCAGCGUAAGCCUCGCUGACAUCCUCGACUGCAGCGACGAUGACGAAGAGGAAGACAUCACUGACGAUAUCACUGAUGUCACCUCGGGCAUCUUUGCUGAUGAGUCCUGCGAGCUGAAUGCUUCUCCUGCCUUCAAGUCACUGCAGAAGCAGGUGGGAACUCCUGAUUCCAUGGACUCCAUGGAUCUGCCAUCUGCAGCUGGGUCUUGCGAAGGCUUCAGCCCUGCGUCCUCCCACCCCUCCAGCUCACCUAAAGCUAUGGACAGUGGCUACGACACAGAGAAUAACGAAAGCCCUGAGUUCGUCCCUAAAGAGCCUCAUGAGCCACGCGAACAACCUCUGGGAAAACCUACCCUAGACGCAAGCCUGGAGGAAGAUGAGGAGCUGGAGGAGCAUGGAGUCGAGGCUGAAGUGGCGCCUGCAGAGGGCGAGCCAUCACUUGGUGAGGAUUUAGCCUCGGAGACAGGUGACCACAUUCUGUUGCCGCUGAGUGAUAAGACUCCGUACAGAGACUCUGCCUACUUUUCAGACUAUGAGAAUGAAAGACAGUCUCGGGACGAGGGAGAAGAACUUCAGCUGACAGCCAUAGAUGAACAAAGUGUGGAGAAGGGCCAGCACGCUGGAGAAAAGAAGGCUGAGAAAAGGAAGAAUGAAGAAGAGGACGGUGUAGCGAACAAAGACAUAAAACUUGAAAUGAAACACACGUUACCAGAAUCCUCAUCUCCACCAGACAUGGAGGAAUUCUUGGCAGAUGAGUGUUGCCAGGAUGAAACUCUGGGGCCCUCUGACACUGCUUCAGUAACAGAAGGAGGACUGGAUGAAUGGCCAUCCCAGGAAGAGAACUCAUCCUUGGGAGACUGGGCAGCCGAGGUGGUGGGGGCAAUGGAAGAAGCUCUUGGUGCCCUGAACGGAGAUUGUGCCUCCAAUGUUAAGGUAGAAGAGGAGGAAACAGAGGAUGUACAAGACUCUGCUGUGGAGGAGCCAGAAAUCAAGACAAUUCAAAACAGGCCAUCAGGGAUAUCCACUGAAAUCCCUCACACCUUACCCAAAGACGAGGUGGCCUUGCAGCACACGGCAAACACCAGACGAUUUUCUUCAUCUUCACCUCCACCUCCUUCCACACCUCCACCUCCACUCCCUGCAGCAGAGGGCCGAGCAUCUCCAGCUGACGGGGAGGAGGCCGACGAGGAGGACGGCGACACCGACGACAGCGACGAGUCGGACGAGGAGCUGCGAAGCUACAACGUGCAGGAACAGAGCGGCGGGGAAGAGAGCGAGGACGAGUGUCACCCGGUGCCCAUCGUGAUUAGCGACGACAGCGAAGCCCACAAACUGCGAAGCCUCCUCAAGAUGCCCAUCCUGCUCACUGCAGAGAGCCUGGAGGAGGAGCUCGAACGCAAGAAGAAGACUGUGUCGUUUUUUGAUGAUGUUACCGUCUAUUUGUUCGAUCAGGAAAGCCCAACUAAAGAGCUGGCUGAGCAUGGCAUCCAUUUAGGAGCCGAAGGUCAGAGCACAAGAAGCAAAUCCCAAGAGAGGGUUAAUGCAUCUGAUGACUCCUCAGAUGGGAACAUCUCAGAGGAGAGUGCAGGGUAUGAGUGGGAGGACGACUUUCCUCUGCUCCCUCUGCCCACGUCCUCGGUGACAUCCGACUCCCCUCCGCCUCGCUCCGUCACCAAAGCCCCGGAACCCAAACCAGCCGUGCAGUUCUCCCGCUUCACCGUCUCCCCCUCCAACGUGUCCCGGUUCUCCAUCACCCACAUCUCCGACUCCGAUAUGGACUCAGCAGGAGGAAGCAGCGAAGACGGAGACAAAGAAUAAGGAGCUGUGGAUAUCUACUGCCUCUCUGUGACAACAACUUGGCCUACUAGCAUGACUUCUGAUUUAAUUUUUAACAUCAGGUUUUAGAAACACAAGACAGUGCCUCUUACCUCCUGUGGACACUUUUGAAAGGUCCGUCUUACCACGACGUAGGACCGGCCGAAGCAGUUUAGAAUACCGAAAAGAGAAUGGUUAAUAUAUAACGUUUCCAGAGUAAUAUAUACUGUAUGUAUGAUGAAUUUAUGAAACCAGGGGAAACUUGUAUGUUGAAUUCUGCAUAUUUUUCUGGAUCAAAGAGACAAAGUGGAAGGACAGACCUUUGAAAAGCAUCACAUUUUGCCACCUCUUUCACUUUUUAAUUUAUGUUGGGGAGAAUUCAUGAGACUGUGGAGCCACCUGGACACCUAAAACUGUGGCGCAAACCGACGUCAACUUUUCAGCAAAGGAUCAGCACUUUGGACGAGACUGUACAGCUCCACAGACUUUGUACUUUUUAGGAAACGGUUUUACUUGUAUUCAUGAAUAUCAACAAGAAUCCUUGAGGUAUCACAAGUAAUAUGAUGUUAAUAUUUUGGAGAUAAAGGACACGCUCAUGUGACAGAAGGAAGCAAAGGGAAUCUUACUGGCUGUCUGGUUACAGAAUGUUUUCUUUUUUUGAGGAAACAGAUGAUCAAACCUUGACAACAUAAUAAGUUGUGACUUUUUCUUUCUUUGUUGCAUCAGGACCACAACUGUACUGUUUUAGAUAAACAUCAUUCUCUCUACCAAACUGAGUGCCAGCACCGCCAUCACAACCAACCCCUCUUUACUGUAAGCAUCAGACACAACAAUGUGACAAGGAGCGACGGACGUAAUUUCAGAUUUAACUCUUAUUAAAGUUUUUUUUUUUCUCCUUUUAAA